GGCCAUACCCCGCCAGAGCCCAACUUGUGGAGGGCUUGACAGAGAACGGCCCGUGCAUGGCGGGUGCGCCGUGUCUACUCUGUAUCAUUAGCUUUUCAUACUGGUGGAUGGAUAUAUUGUGUUUCCUCUGUGUUUGUAUCUGUAUUGUGUAGUAAGACUGGUAUAUAUUUGGUUUACUUUCUCUCUCUCUUCCAUAUCUCUUGCGAUGCUCGAUCACACACCUAGGGUUCCUAUGGCGACCGCGAAGAGACGCUUAGCACGUGCGACUGCAGAGGAAUACUCAGAACUUACUCUUUUGAUCUUCUCAGGAGGAUCGAUUUCGAAAAAGAUAAAAAAAUUAUUCAGUGCGGUGCAGAUGAUUGUUGCAGUUUUUGAGGUUCUUGUGUUCGCUUUAUGUUGUCUGAUAGCUUCGAUAACUUCAUACUGUUUUGAUAAGCUCCGUUGUGCAGAGCGAGCGGAGCCAGGCGCAUUCUGGGAUUAUGAGUUUUCAUAUAUAAACUUUUAUUCAGUUCCGGUACUGUCGAAAUCGUGGAAAUUUAGAGCCAAUUUGUUUAGAGGAUUGCGUAGAUCUGACGUACCGAGUCCAUGUGGCAGUCUUUAUGGCCCAAUUUCCAGCAGUGGUGGUCGACACUGCCUUCUUCAUGAAGUUUAUAUUGGGCCUUCACCUAUCAUUCCACGGUCUGAAAAGCAUUUUUUUACUCCCGCAACUGCUCAAGACAAUGCCAAUCCAAUUCAAAGUCUACCUCAUGAAACUAUUUCAACUCUGCACAAACAAACUGGUACUAUCAUUCCACCAACGGAUUCUCCUCAAGAGAAUGCUAAUUUGAUUCAAUAUCGAACUUUUUGUUGUAAUGGAGAUGAUGUUCAUAACCAGCAAACUGAUCAACCUAUUGAACCUGUGAAUUCACCUGUGCACAACCAAACAGGUAAUACAUCAGCAUCAUUUGAUAUUGAAGCCGGAAUGGAUAUUGAAGCCAGAGGGACCAGCUCAAAUGAAACAAUUUCUUCUGAUGUUGAUAAUGAAACUGGAACUUCCCAUCCUCAGACAGGGAACCAAAAUCUACCUCCUAAUGAUAAUGAUGGAAACGAUGAAACUCCACCAAAUGGAGUAAACAGAACUUCACCUAAUGAAGACCAUAAUGGUAAAAAAGAAGUUGAGUUUGUCUUCAUGGUUGGAGCUCAAAUAAUUGCCACAGGGAUUGCAGGUUUGGCAUUGAAGAACACAUCUAAUGUGUCUGGUUCAGCCAUAAUCCUUCGGAAUAUUCUUAUAGUUUGCAUGUUUGUUAGCCUUACUUGUUUAUUAUAUGCCUUAGGUCUGUCUGUGUAUAAACCAUGCAGUAGCGUAGUUGCACAGGUGGUAAGGGUAGCUGCAAGUGUGGUAAGGGUACUCGGCUAUGUGAUGAUUGUGAUAACCCUUUUAGCUGCAACUGGACUCAAUUUGCCUAACAAGCUGAUGCUUUGGGUCACUUCAGUGGUUUUCCUUGUGUGUUUACCGGCCAUCAUCUUAUAUGCAAUAAAAAUAGCCAGAGAAGACACGCGGUGAUUGUAAGUUUGUAGUUGAUGGGUUGUGUAAGGCAAAUUUAGAUCUUCCACGUACAUAAGUUUCUUAUUGUUUCCCGAGCUAAUUGCCAUAAGAGCCCCGAAUUUUUCACCUUGAAGGGUGGUCAAUUUAAAGAAAAGUGAAUGACACGUAUUUUAAGUUAUGUUACGUACAAUCAUUACUCGUUAGUACUUUGAGUUAUAUGCACACGUUUGGAAGGGAUAUUAAUUGAAAUAAGUUUUUUUUUUUCUUUGUGUA